ACUCGACGACAAGGACAAUGCGUGCGCGGGUGUUGAUGGUUUACAAUCAGCAAGAAAUGAAAGAAAAGACAUCCUAACGCACUUCCACAGCGUACUUCCCGCGUUUUCUGUUCAAAUUUUGUAGUAUUUUGCGCACUCGUUGAAGUCUUCGUUGGGUGAUUGCCGUCCUUUCCACAACAAUUCUUAAGAUGGUGGGCGUGGGCCAGCUGGAUGGGAACAAGGGUUUCCAGAACGCCGUGUCCAAUCCCAAGGUCUACACCGUAAUCAAGUUCUACGCGCCAUGGUGUGGAGCGUGCAAGAUGAUGGCGCCGCACUUCAAUCGCAUCGCCGGGGAGCUGCCGGCGGAGCAGUUCGCCUUCUACCGCAUGGACGUGGAGAGCAACAAGGACGUGGCGCGUCAGCUCAACAUCGAGAUGCUGCCGACCUUUGUCGUCUAUAAGGGCGGUCAGCUGUUGUACAAGCAGACUGGCACCGUCCACGACAAGCUGCGCCGCUCCCUCGUUGACCUCAUGAACAACCGCCGCGUGUCGGUAUCCUAGCACGACGGAGUGCAGCCAUCCCCGGGGCACAGUCACCACUUCUCCAAUACCAAGCACCAUGCCGCGGUGCACUGCACUUUUCCCAAUUGCAACCUUGCAGCCACUUUUAUUUUUUAAAUAUGAUUCUGUUUUUUGUAUUUGAAUUGUCUUCCUUUGUUCCUCUACUGUAGCCUCUGCCUCUGUUGUUUCUAGCCUCUGCGCGAAAUCUGUACUGACUUUACAACGUGUGUGCAGAGUCAAUAGAUAUAAACAUCGUCCUCAA